GAAGAGGAAGAGGAAGAGCUGGAGGAGCUGAGGGCUCAGGUGCUACAGCUGCUGCUGGAGCUGGAGGAGACCAGGGAGGUUUCCCAGAGACAUGAGGAGAGCUUCCUGGAGCUACAGGGGCUGCUGGAGGAAGAGCGUCUGGCCAGUGCCCACCAGGCUGAGAGCUUCACCAGGCAGAUUCAGAGACUGCAAGCCCAGCUUCGUUCGGUGCAGGAGGAGAUGGACAGUCUGGAGGAGGAGAAGGAAAGUGAACUGGGGGAGGUGCAGGAGGAGCUGCGUUCGGCGCAGGAGGAGGUGUUGGUGUUGCAACAGGCUGCUGAGGAGGCGGCGGCGGAGAGGGAGAACGACAUUGCCUCCCUGCAGGAGGAGCUGUGCCGCCUGCGGGCCGAGCUGCAACGCCUGCACGCCACUGCCCAGGAAUAUGAGCUGGAGAUCACCACGCUGAAGGCUGAGAUCAGCAUGAAGAGCCAGCGGAGAGACACUGACACUGAGGGUGAUAUGAACCAGCUGAAGGAGGAAUAUCGUUCACUGAAAGAUGAGUGUCAGUCGCUGACGAAUGACAACAAACACCUGAGCAGCAAACUAGAGCAGCUGCAGCAGCAACAAGCCAGCUGUGACGACGAUGUGUACCUGGCUGUGAGAGUGGAAUCAGAGGCAGAGAAUGAAGAUGAGCCGGAGGAGGACGACCCGGUAAAGUCUUAUGGUUACAUCACCCUGUCCCAGUCGCAGCCUGAGCAGCAGGGCAGGGACCCGGUUGAUGGCUCCAUCCAAAAAAACGUCUCCAGCGACGGCAUCGGCUCUGAGCUCAGUUCCCUGAAGGUUCAACUCAGACAAGCGGAAGAGAAGGCGCUGCAAGUACAGAGAGAGUGUGAGGGACUGAAGGGGGAGCUGGCAGAGCUACAGCAGCUGUAUGACAGUAGCCAGCAGGAGAGAGUGGCGCUGGAGAGAGAACUGCAAAGCUGCAAGGCGGAGCUAGAGCGGCUGGUGGGCAGGAAGUCACAGGAGAGUGAUGCUGAGGGCUGGAACCUGGUGGCGGCAGUUGCCAUGGCAGCCAUUGUAGUUCUGGUUGUCCCCAGCCUCAUCAGGGCCUGAGGACGACACGGGAAGUGACCUCACAGUGACCCUGGGAACUCUGGGAUUGCUAUCGCCCAUCCAAUGCCACUUCAUACACACAUAUGGCUCUGUGCCGUCGCUGUCCUGGCGUCUGUUCCUCGCAUCCCCCUGUUUAGUGGAGGGCAUCAUGCAGCAGCACUUUCAUGCACACACUACACACAUCAGUGAUACUGAGCGCCGGAGGGAGAGGCAAUAAGAUGGUUGAAUAUACAAAGCUGCACACAAAGACUCUCUUUGCUCUUGCUCUGCACAAUCUUUUGGGUCAGCCUUGCCGUUCAGUUGAUUGAUGAUUGGUUAUCUCUGUGGUUUUCAGCCUUGUGCCAUUGUGACCCAACAGUCUGCAGGUUUUCAUACGCGCAGUUGUCACUUUGUGCCAUCUUGUCCAAAAGUUAGUAUCUCUGACAUUUGGUGUGUAUAGCCCAACAUUCCUGUGAAAAUUAGGGUUUCUUCCAAAAAUGCCAAAAAUAAGGGUGAUUAACCGUGACAUAGUUUAGUUAUCAUAUAUGUUUUAAAAUAUAUCCACCACCACCAACUUGUGAAUUGUGAUUGUGAAAAUUUUUUAAAAGAUUUUUUUUUAAUGCAUGUGACGUCGACUACAGUAGCAAAGAGGAGGUCAGAAGCGACUUCAUUUCUCUCGUCUCCUCCUGACUGUUAUACAAUCAAAUUAAGAUUUUCAUAGUGUUGCUUUGAAUAGUGAUUAUAGUUUUGCUCACAAAAAAGAUACAAUAGAAAGAUGCAAGCGCUGGCAUUAAUUGAUGCGUUUUAUUUCAUGGACCAUAAUGUACAGCUAGCCACUAUGUAGCAUAGGGUCUCUUUCAUAAUCCCUUCAUAUUUUCUCCAGGUAUUUUGGACUACAGACCAAAUGGAAACUUUAUAACCUACAAAUCUAUGUCAGACUUUGCUUCUCUAUUCCAACCAAAUACUAAAUCAGUUCAGCUCACUGAUUCACACACUUAAACCAAUACAAUCAUCAGCUGUAAUAUUUAGCUGAAAGGAAAACCUGCAGACUUGGUGCACGACUGAAAACUACUGGAUUAGCUUAUUGACUAAAUGCUUUGCCUUAUAUUUCCUCUUUGAAUUAAAUAUAUUUUGCACUCGUUGAGUUGCACCCGUGAUGGGGAGAACAGUUUGUUAAGAGAACUAACUGUAGCAGAUAAAAGUUACCUAAAAUGCCAUAGUACGUGCUUGCUUAGCCUUAUUCUUAAUACACUACAACUCUCCUUCAGUCCUGCUUACUCCUCUGCAACCAUGUCCAACAAACUUACAGUUACCUUUGUUCAACAGACACAAUUCAUUUUGUAGCAUGGGUUGAGUGAUGUCAAAGCAAAAAACAAAAAAAAAAGAAAGAAAAAAAAACUGAUAGAUUGAAGAAAAUGAAUUCAGUCAGCUAUAUUUUAACUACCUAGCCCUUUACAGAACAGAUUCCAGUGUUGUGAUGUCUGUGAUUUUUAACCCAUACUACAUUCUCUCUCAGAUCUUUCACUGUAUUUGUAUGUUUAUAGUACUACAGAGGUAUUAAGCACAUCUACAGAAGAAAAUUACAGUUUUAUAAAUGCAUAUAGGUAUUUGUCAGGCAAAAAUCAUUUCCAGUUAGAGAUUGUUUGUGACGACUGAUUUCACUGUGUCUGGGUAAAGUUCAGAUUGUGCUUUAAGAUUCAGACGGAUAUUUUUGUACAUAGACAAGUUUUAGUUUUCAGCGGAUUCUAGUAGGAUUAGUUAAUGUUUUGAUGAGAGAAUGCUUUAUUUUAUGAUUUUUUAAGUGAAUGCAGUCAAUGCGGUGACCAAAUAAUCACAGAAUAAAAUAAGACGUAGGAGUCUCCCUCCCUUGUCCUUUAACUCUGUGUCCUCGUUUGGUUUGCACUCAGUGACGUUAAUUGGGUUGGCAUGAGGCAUUUCCAGUAGGUUACACAACUUGCACAAAUGACUUGUAACUAUAACUUAAUUAAACCCACUGUUGACUGCUUGCCUUGGUUUCUAAUGACGCAUGGGACAUUUAACAAGUCAUUGUAAGCUUCAAAAUGAAAGACAUUCCAGCUUAUCCACAAGCACUGGCAAUGCAACACUACUGAGAAUGACCUAUAUUAACCUUUUUCUGACUAAAAUGACCACAAAACUGAGUGUUUGGCAAGCUUUGGCAUGUAAACGGCCAUGCAAAGGCAAAAAACUAAUUCACAUUGACCUCAUGAUGUAUGGACAGUGCUGAAUGAGAGAUGUGUUGCCUUUGACCUGUGUGGGGUCAUGAACUGGGUCCAAGCCUAAUGCAGUGACAUGAGAGAGCAGGCCUUUCCUUAUAUACUGUAGGAAUUUGAAUUGAAUCUUAUUAUUUUGAUGAAUAACCUGUUGAUUACUGUGUUGUUGUAUUUUAAUAGGGUUAAGGUUGGUGUGUGUGUGCUGUGGGUAUUUGACCUUAUUACAGUAUCUGUCUUAAUACCGGGACAUUGUUUAGUAUGUGAGCUGCACACACUACAUACUCUAACAGGUUCCACUUUGUUACAAAUGAGAAAUCGCAUGCUAUUGCAACCCUCAUUUUUUGCAUGAUAGAUUCUAGGUGUUGGAAAUGUAGUUUAUUUGAUUAGAUUAUUGUUGAAGGGUGAACAUAGAGAGACAUAUUGUACAUAAUGACACCCCAUGUUUGAUGUUAGUGGUAAUAUGAUUUUAGAGAAAUAGAGGAAUGCGAUAUGAAGUGGUUGACAUGUGUGGUUUAGGUGAGCUGAGGCUCUGAAGUGCUCUCUAAUGGUGUCCUGUGUGUAACAUUUUCCUUUGUGCUAUUGCAGUCCAUGUAUACUGUCCCAUUUGUCUUGAUAUGGUGAUAAAUGUACACACAUAGUUAUUUCAUUUCCUUUGGGACUUGUCACAAAUGUUUCACUCGAGCUAACCUGAAGUAGCAGUGAAGUCUUAAGAGAUUUUGUGAAAUGAGCAUAAAUGCCUGAAAAGGACGGGCAGAGGUUUCCUUUUGUUUAUCUGAACAUGAGCCAAACCUAACCUUAACCAAAGUUGCUUUACAUGCCUUUAGCUCACUCUUUCACGAGACAAACACUCUAUCCAAUUUGCGUCCAGUUGUCAUGUAAUUCAAUUUGUGUUUGAGGAGGAUAAUCUUCACAUUAUUUAUGUCCACAACAGGAAGUCUGUUUCAGAGUUCAUGCUCAUUUCGCAUUUCUUAGGCUGGACUGUGAAACUACAGCAAGUCUCAGUAAUUUCAAAGGGAUGGUUCACCCAUUAUGAAAAAUUGGAUAUUAUUUCACUUCCCUCCUCCAGCUGUUCUGUAGGACAGUAGUGGUGCUAUCUUGCUCUCAUCAGUCCUGAAUGCUGGAUACUGGCUGGAUGCUACAGAUGCUAACCGUUAGCCUCCUGACUUUAAAGUCGACUUAAAAAUCAGUUUUUAAAAGGAAUAUGUUUUACACCAUCUUGGGCUGUCAAAAUUCUGCUGCACAUCCUCAAACUCAAACUCUGUUUAUUUAACAAUUUGAGUGGAUUAAGGUGGUUAUUUUUCAGAAUAUUAGCUGGGGGGAAGUCCACCUUAAUGGCAGGGGGC